ACGGGGCCGGACGGGUCUCGGGGUGCUCCAGCUGAGGUUGGGGAGGUCGCGGCCGCGUGUCUCGGACAUCGUCGACCUCUUCCGAGAGACGAGACAGGACUCGACGCGCUCGCGGCGGUCAGCGGCGGCCUCGCCAGCGGACACGUGAGUGCGUCGCGGACGCGCUCCACUCGUCGCUCGCCACUCGCCGCUCGCCGCUCGCUAAGAGGGACCGAUCGCAGGACCAUGAACGUCGACGAGUACGAGAGCCUGCCCACCGCCUCGGUCGGCGUCCACAUGAUUGCCGGGGCUUUUGCCGGAGUCAUGGAACACUGUGUCAUGUAUCCUAUUGACAGUGUCAAGACCAGAAUGCAGGCGUUCACACCUGGGCCAGGCGGAAGAGGAGGAGUGAGAGAAAUUUUAAGCAAAAUGAUUCGACAGGAAGGACCUUUUCGGCCCUUGAGGGGUGUAGGUGUCAUGAUGGCUGGAGCAGUUCCUGCUCAUGCCCUCUACUUUUCGUGCUACGAAUUCAUAAAAGACAAAAUGAUCGGUCCCAGGUCACCUGUACAGUUCAAUCAUCUGAUUUAUGGGGUCGCCGGUUGCGUAGCCACGAUUCUUCAUGACGGAAUCAUGAAUCCAGCCGAAGUGAUCAAGCAGCGCCUGCAAUUGUACAACUCCCCGUACAGGAACAUGUUAAGCUGCAUGCAACACAUAUACAAGACGGAAGGUAUCUUCGCGUUUUACCGAAGUUACACGACUCAGCUGGCCAUGAACGUGCCUUUUCAAAGCAUCCACUUUAUCGCCUACGAAAUUGCACAGUCCAUCACGAAUCCUGAGCAUGCAUACAAUCCGAAGGCGCACAUGAUUUCCGGUGCGAUGGCGGGAAUGGUGGCGGCGGCCAUUACGAUGCCGCUCGAUGUCUGCAAGACGGUUCUAAAUACGCAACAAGGUGGAGUUCGGGCACAGGGCAUGAUAGACGCCUUCAAAAUGAUCUACAGGUUCAGGGGAUUGCGAGGCUACUUUAGGGGCUUAAGCGCCAGGAUCCUCUAUCAGAUGCCAGCCACGGCGAUAUGCUGGUCGACGUACGAGUUCUUUAAAUACGCGUUGAGACGGCACAACGAAGCGCACAGCGGAACGGAAACGGAAGACGGUUCUUGCGCCGUGGGACCGUCCCAAGCCCCGACCGCCGCAAGACCGAGCAGCUUUCAGGGCGCCGGACUCUACUUCAAGGGGAAAACCUCCGGCCCCGUGCUACUCGACGUGUCCAGGAGUUAGGCGGUCAGGACGACGACCGCCCGGAGCCUACGGAUUUUUUUUUACACUUUCGAGAGUUUAUUACCCCCAAACGACCGCGUUAUUUUGUUAAUUCGACCGUUGACUCGUUGUUAUUGCGGGGUGACAAUUUCUUGCGAGAACUCGCGCGGAGCCAAGUGCAGGUCGCGGGCAAAGUCGGUUCACGGGGAUCUUGGACGGAAGAAAGGAAAGAUCCGCCUCGGGCUUCUCUUGCUUCCGUGAAAACUAUUGCAGGAGGAUGAAAAAUUCUGGUACUCUUGUGGGACGUUUGCGGUACUUUUCUUCACGCCCCAACGUAGCUUUUGAGUUCCGGCGUAGAAUUUCCAAUGAUCGUGACGAAUCGCGACGCACGCGAGAGACGGCGGGUUCGGUGUGGGUUUACACGUGCACUGGCUGCAACGAGAAGGAAGUUGUCCAACUUGUCAGGUUUUUCUUCCCCCCUAUCGAGAGAAUAUUCUCGCGGCGCAUCGCGCAGGACGAUAUCGGAAUACGCGCGCCAAGGUCGGAAAUAAAUCGGGGAAGUUGUCAGCGGUUAUUAAAUAAUAUCCACGACCUACGAUCGCAUAACAUUCGAAAUAGAUGCGUUAUUAUUGAUAUUCUUGAGAUGACGUUAACGCAAAACUGGUUCGUCACAUCGAACGCGAUGUUUUCUACGAAGCGUACUCCGUACCCGUUAAAAUUAGCGACAUCUUGUAUCUACCAUCGGUCCGUUCCAUCCGCGAGGUGGAAUGUUUCGUAAGAGGGAUCAUUCUCAGGUUAAAUCAUCUCGGUUAAUGUUAGAUUAACAUGCACCGGUAUAAUUGGCUGCUGUCCGAUAUAUAAGCGAUCCGCCCGAUCGUUCACGGGGAGAAACCACGACGAAAUUCCGGACGCGUUUCGGCUCGCGUCGAAUGGGUAUCCCUUAACGAUUAAAAGUGAACUAUGGAUAGUUCCAUUGAGUACAGAUUGGAAAAAACCAACCUGGGAAUAGAAAUAACGAUAAACGAUAUUAAUAUAGCUGCUCUCGUUCCAGUCAUUUCAUUUUAAUUAUUAGAAAAUUAUUCACGUUACGGGGUGUAAUCGACUUACGAACGUAGGUGAAACCGUUGAUAACGACAAGAUGUGCUCCGUGUAAACGUGACGGUGGAUUUAAGCGUUAUGUCGUCGGAAUUGCAGCCUCGAUAGAUUCUGUACAAUAACUUUAGUUUAUUUAGUCGAUACGACUAGUACGAGUAGGUGGAGCGCGUGUCGUGAUAAAUCAUUACCGUUGUGUAGCACGCGUGACUCGUCGUUAAACGUGAAAAGUAACAUAACUGCGACGUUAUUAACGGAACACGAUUAUCUUGAGAUCGUUAAAGGGAUGUGGAAGUGGCGUCCGAGAGAUCAAUCGUUCGCGAAACUUUUCUCCGAACUGGGUGUGCCGAAUCGUUUCAAAUCUUACACCGUGAAUGUAGAGGCUACGAGAAAGGUCCUGACACCCAUGAGAUUUCAAUUUUUUUAAAAUCUGUUUACCGAUAUUUUGAAAAUUUUUGAUAAGUGAAAUUUCACGAGGGUCAAGACCUUCCUUAUAGACUCCAUGUUCACGUUGUAAAGUUUGAAACGAUUCGGUACACCUAGGUCGGAGAAAAGUUUCAUGACCGAUUCGAAAGCUCAGUAGGUUUCUGAUGCCACUUUCACAUUCUCUUAACGAUCUAAAUUGCCCAAUGCCUCCAUCGACAGGGAACCUUUGCCGGCAAAAGGAUGUCCCGAAAAGUAUUCGUUUGCCUCGACCCGCACGAACGGGCGCGGUGAAAAAAAAAAAAAGUAUUGUCAAAGUUAAAGGACAGAUUUCCUCGGUUUCUUUAAAGAAGAAAAGGGAAAGGGUUAAAUGUCGCAGAUUCUAACUCGAUAGUAUUUCGUUCGAAUCGUUAAUAACGUGACUCGCACACUUGUUCGAGCGUACCGCAUACACACAUACACACACAAUAUUGCUUCCUGUGGCUGUGAUUACUGAGUCAAGCGCACACGAUGUUGACUUUAAGAGGGAGUAAUAUCACGUGAACAACUCACAUUUUCACGCCAUAUCUUUAUUUAUUCUUCUAAGCUUCCGUGACCAUGCCAUCGGUUGUCACUCCGAUGAGAAUUAAGAAAAAUCUCAUGCCACCUUGGAAACGACAGGAUAUAUCCCUCGCUACCGAGCAGUCAAUCGAGUCCUUCGUUGUUGUGCUAUAUUCCUUGGUAUCCUUUGGAAUUGUUAUCAUAUAUACCCUGUCACGUGUACGCACGUUAUGUUAUACUUGAAAUCGAUCGACGGUCACGACUCUUCCGUAUUUUUAAUUCUUAAAUAGUUUCCCGUAUCUGUAAAUUACUGUGUAAAUAUAGACAUCGUGCCCUCACCGAUUCCCUAUCCAGUAUCCAGGACAAGAUAAUUGUAAAAUUUUACACGUAAAAUACGAGGCGUCAACCACUACAUGUAAUAAUAAUGUAAAUAAGUAAUUAAACCAGUUACAAUAAAUAUGUAAGGAGGGGGAAGUAGUCCUCCUCUGCGCAAGACCA